AUGAUGUCUCUCUCUAACAUUGCAGAGCUCCGUGCUAGCCUUAUUGGGAAUAAAGAUUUGAAGUUCAAAUUGUUUCGAGAUGUGGAAACACUAUCCCUAUUGAAGUCCGAGUUCGAAAUGGGGAUGUCUUCGCUCGUAUCCACAGUACAGGUGAAUGAAAAUGAUGAAGAGUUCAUUCGAUCAUUGGAUGACUUGGAAAGUCGAACUGUUAUAAUCAAAAUGGUUUGCUUAUUUAGUCAAGAAGUAGAGUCGCUGCAUGCGCAGAUCUUGUCUUCCUUUCAAACGUCGAUUGGUUCGAUCACCAGCUACUUCAAGUUUUACAUGGAAAUCGUCUUGCCAUUGGUAUACCAAAGGGGCAGGAAGUGGAAAGUCGAUUUGAUUGAAAAGUUCGAGAGAAUUUCGAGUGAUUUGCUUGACAUUUUAUUAGCAUUGUUAAGCCACAGAAGAUACAGUAGUAGAUUAAAUGGAGAGGUUAGUAAGGUGUUGUGGAGAUGGGUUACCACCCUUAGUGUGAUCAUACCUAAUGACAAUGCCAAUGGCAACACUACCAGUAAUGUUAAUGAAUUGAACAAUAUUGUAGAAGAUGAGGCGCUCUUUCUUAAGCUGUUAAAAUUAGUUCCCUUAUUGUUGUUCGAUACAGAGUCUAAGGAUGCUAGGGAUGAGUUUAAUUUCAACGUCCUGAUGGAUGGCGCCGACGAUGAUAGUGUUAGAAUUGUAACCUUAUUAUCGGUUCUCAUUGGCCGAUUGGGAAGGGAGUGCGAUAAGAUAUAUUCCUGUCACUUUCCAGGCGAGCAAAUGAAGGACCCCGAUGAAGCUAAAUUAGACUUAGCGACAUUUAAUGAUCCAAAUUUACCCAAUAUUGAACCAAGUAUUGAAUACUUCAAGAAAAAUAUUCAAAUUGAAACUCUUCUUGGUUUGAUCUGCUGCAUUGCUCAAAUAUUCUCCUUCUUGAAAGAAUCCAAUUUCAACAUUUCUGGUACUGAACAAACUGAAAAUUCAAUCGGAAUACUUCCUCCUAAGGUAUACUUAUCGCUUUUGCUCUUGCUCAAAUAUGAGAACAUCAAACUAAAUUUAGUUACCCUAAACUUGAUUUACUUUUUUUUGAACAACUUAACUAUAGAAAACAAAUUACCCUUGGAACUUGUUUUCAAAAAUUAUCAGAAAUUGUUCCCCAGAAUCAAUGAGCUAAUAUCUACCGAUGAAGCCAAUGACAGGGCAGUUAUUCCGCUCUUAUUGUUGUCACCUUGUAAAAUAUUAGCUCAAUUGUGUACAAAUUAUCCAUUGAUGAACAACGAUUUAAGAAGAGGUAAUUUAGAAAUUAAGUUAAUUGGAAUAUUGGAAAGUCUUUUCGAAACUAGUCCACAAAUUAAAUUAUUCAAAACGUUAAAGAAGCUGAGUAUGGGAAGCCAAAAGAUUGUGGAUUUUGGAAAAUUGGCUAGUGGAGGCGGAGGGUUACUGUUUGAUGAUAAGGGGAUUACGAACUUGCCAGAUUUGAUGCUUUUGUUGAGUGUUUAUUGUAGUAAAAAAGAAGAAUAUAGGAGCAGGAUAGUGGCUACAGGAAAGAAUAAUGGUGAUAAUUAUAAACGUUGUGUUUCAAUAAUCAUCUUCGAAAUUAUCGAUAAUUAUCGAUUUCUUCUAAGUCAAAUCCAGAUGAUCCAUAUGAAAAUUCGCCAUGGUAAAAACACUGUUGCUGAUUUGCAGCUCCUCGGAAAGUUACUCAGCAUAAUGACUAGUUUGUUAAAUGACCUGAUAUACACCAACACACUUUACUUGAUCAGAUCGUUAUCCAGGAGCGUAGCAUUGCUAAGGACUUUCUUCGUUAAAUGUAAUUCUUACCCUUCUAGCUUUAAGAAAGUUGAUAGAAAAAUUGCAAGCUCUGGUUCUGUUUCUGGAUCAACGACUACUCUGAAUAUAAUAUCAGCAGUUCCUUCUGCUAAUUCAUUCGAGAGAAACUCGACAGAGGGUGGCUUCACUGAUAAUCUACUUCACAUAUUAAAAGGAAUUGAAAAUUGUUCCCUAAUAUUAAAUUACUACAACGAUUCUGUAAGUUACACAGAUUCGAUUGUGACCAUAUCAAGAACGAUGAUUUCGAAUAAGUCCAUUUUGUUAAAAAUAUUAGCCAAUUUAGUUCUUGACUUCAGCUCGUUGAGAUUCAACAUUAUCCGCAAUGAGGAGGUUUUGGAUAUCUUAAUCAAGAUAUUUAAAAAUUCUCUGAAGCCACACAAGAUUGAUGAAUACAAAAGUAGAGAAGAGGUUCAGUUAGAAGCAAACACCAUACAAUAUAACAUUUUACAGGUCUUACAAAAUUACACGUUCAACGAAAACGAUGAAAACAAAGCAAAAUUAAUGGAGCUAUACAAAUUUGAGUGCAUAUUUGAGAAAAUUGCAUAUGGGCUAGGGAUAGAUGAUGAUGAAAUACUCAGCUUAGAUGAUACAGUAAAAGAACUUAGGUUGCAGCAGAAGGUUCAUUCCUUUGAUGUUUUGAGAAAUUUGACAUCAGGCUCUCAAUAUUUUUGUCAGCGAAUUCAAAAGGAGUAUUCGGAUUGGAAGAAGCAAAGGGCUGGAUUUGCACAUAUUGGUUGGUACUCAUUCUUGUAUAAGAACUUAUCGCAAGGUUUAGAGAUUUACGGACUAGAGUCAGGCUAUGACAUCGAUGAUGAUUUCACGCUCAUGGAACUCUGUAAGAAUGAAUCGUACACAUCACUUUUACUUGCAAUUAACUAUAUCGAGGAUCAUAAAUACACCAACAUUGAAAAUUUCAAGGAGAACCUUAGAAAUAGAGAAAAGAUAUUCCACCUUUGGCUAAAGUUUUUGAGUCUAAAUAUACCCAAGGAUUUUGAACAAGACUUGGAUAUUAACGUUGUUGUGAACAUGAACAAUAAUUUGAGUUUAAUUCAGGUAUCAAUUUGCUGGAUUAUUAUAAAUUUAACCUGGAAGAAUGAAAUUUUCGGAAGUAGACGUACAGAUAGUGUUCAGUUUAAAAUUUAUGAUACUAUACUGAUUGGAAGAGUUAACGACAGAAUUGAUAUUGAUAGCGAGGAUGAUGAUGAAGAUGACGAUGACGACGAUGAGAACAAUGGGGUAAAUGACGAAGAUGAAAAUGCAGAGCAAGAUAGUAUUCUUGAAGAGGGGAAGAAAGAUUACGACUUGUUUACAUCAGCUUCGAAUAGAGCGAUGUUUUUGAGAGGAUUUGGCUUUCUUACAGUUCUUGAUCAUCUUGUUAAAAGAUUGAAUGGUGGACAUUCUAAGUUUAAAGGAAGUGAAAGGUUUGAUUCAAUUAUGGGUAAUGAUUUGCUUGAGAAAGCCAGAAGUGCUAAGAAUCAAAUAUUGGAGUUGACUGGUGGUAAGAGACUUGAGACAAGGAGAAGGGAUAGCAGCACAAGUAAGAAAGAGAGUGAAGCAAAACCCGGCUCUCAAAGGACAGUAAGACCUGAUGUGAAUCGGGGUGGAGAGGGAUAUGGAUAUGAGACUGAUUCUGAACAAGAGUACGUAGACACGAUGGAAAAUAAUGACAGUGACAUGGAAGGGGUAGAGGAGUUUGAUGAGUACUGGGUGAGGUGA